GGUUUUCGUGCAAGAGGAAAUUCUAGAUUUAACUUCUGUUACUUAUUACAUCAACUUUAACAGUUUGUGGCCAGCUAGAACUCAAGAUCGUCAUGAUUCGACGACAGCGGUAUCAAGUUACCGAACGCCUCGAAGGGCCAGGGUCGACGACAAAAGCGAUGCAGGUGUCGCCUGAAACCCAAGAAAAGGAAGUUCCCGGAAAGUAUGGGUUGAAGUUCUUCCACGUUCUCGAGUUGGUCAUGAAUGGCCACGGAUACUUUUACAAGAGAAGAGACAAGUAUAAGUGCUCCGUGUUUAAGGUCAACAUGGGAGUCAGAGGUAUCCACAUAUGCGAUAGGAAGGGAAUCAACAUCCUUUUUAACAUGGAAAAGAUCUACAAAGAGCCAGCGUUCGGGAGACUGACCUAUAAUAUCUGUUUGCUGGACGGAUACACACCCUCCAUGUUCGCAAAUGGAAUUACUCACGAAAAACAAAAAGCAUUUCUCAUACAACUGUGCAAAGUAGCUCAGCAGGGUAAAAUUUUUGAAACAAGUGUCAAACUAGUUCGAGAAUAUUCCACGAUAUGGCAAAACGCAGACCCUCGGUUGAAAUCCACGUGGGAGCAAAGCAUUAUGGACCUCACAUGCGACAUCUUCACCGAAGCUUUCUUCGGAAUCCGAGUCGACCAUCAAGCCAUGUUUAAAUGCGUGAAAGGAAGCUGGGGGAAACGAGGGACACUGAGAAAAGGAUUAGAUGGUGCAAGAUGCUUGAAGCAGGCCUUCCGACAGAGUCCAGCUCUUGCAGGUAUUUUUCAAACAGCCGUCGAGGCAGGUGUGACAGAGGAACAAGCCUUGAUGGACGUUUUAUUUAUGCUCAAUUUCAAUGCGUAUGGCGGUGUAUCCGGUUCUUUGAGGACCGGUAUGGCCCGUUUAUUCAUGCUUGAACAGGAUUACAAACAGAAAAUGAAAAAUGAAAUGAUAACAGUAUUGUCGAACCAGGAACUAUCCAAGGAAGCCCUGACAGAAAUGCCGCUCUUGCACAACUUCAUCCUGGAGUUACUGCGCAUGCACCCACCAGUACCGGUCUUCUUUGGACGGGCAAGAGAGGAUUUUAUCCUUAACUCUGACAGCGGCAAAUUCAUCGUUAAAAAAGAUGAACUUCUUGUUGGAAAUGUACACAUGGUGCACAGGGACGAAAGAAUAUUUGAUCAGCCACACAUAUUUUCGCCGUCUCGAUUUGAAAACAAGGCCUUAAUUGAUCACAUCAUCUUUGGAUAUGGACCCUUUAAUGAGGAGGCAACGCCUCAUAAUCAUCACUGUCCCGGACAGGAGAUCACUCUUACAAUACUUAAGGUUGUAGUGGCACACGUUUUGCUGAACUUUGAAUUUGGCUUAGUGGAUCAACCAGUGUGGACCGGGAAAAAAUUGAGAAGAGUUGGUUGUCCAGACAAGGAAAUAAGGCUUUCGUAUUUCAAGUACAAGCCCUCUGAGGUCGGCGGAGAUGUGACAGUCGAAGAAUUGACAGAAUAGAAAGACUGCUUUUACUUUGUGUCCUGAUGUAUGCACACUUUGUGUCCUGAUGUAUGCACGUCCACUGUAGACCGUCCAGGGAAGAGGACCCAGAAUAGAAGAAGAAUGGAACUAUGCAACGUGUGCAAUGGUGCCGUGGUCCUCCCGGCUAUGAAUCUAGUACUUGGCAAUAGUCACGCUUGAUCGCACAAAUGAACACGUUUGCACCAAGGAUAUUGAAUACGUUCAGUCAUCUUGUAAAUUAUGUGACUGAGUGGUUUCAAAGUUUCCAAACAAUUCAGGACGUCUCCGGUGUUGAGUCGUAAUAUCAUUAGCUACGAAACGCAGUGGAGAGAGGAUAUUAACGCAAAGUUUGCCAAGUAUUCAGGCAACAACGGACAGUAGCGUUCAAGUUAAAUGUCUGAGUGCUAGUAGAGACAAAGACCAAAGACAAUGUUCAAACAAUUCAGUAGCUCAACAACGAUGAAAUGCAUAGAUCGUUAGGAAAGAACAAAAAUUUACACCGAUGUUAAACUACCUGCACGAAAAUUAUUUAUUCUUAGAUUAUUGAGAGCAUCCAAGAUUAUAGCGGCACAGCGCCCAAAUAAAAAAAACAAGAACGGUAAUUAAGAAAGAAGGUCAGUUUCCGCGGUAAAAGAAGUCUUCAUACGAUACAAAAUUUUUCUUUUCCAAAUAUGGUGAGCUCCGCACUACGCCGAAAAAAAAAAAAUUGUUAUUCCAAGGAAAACAUUAUCGUUUAAAAAGAUGAAUACUUGAGUGAUUACUUGGCAACACACAUGUCAAUAUCCUAUUCCCUCAUUAUAACCAACAUUUCACCGGGUGUCUCUGCAAAUGCGAGCUCAUAUUGUUUUAUCUGGCAUUCUCAUAUAUUUAGCCCUAAUAUCAUUUUUCGUUUCAUCUUUUCUUGAUAUUCUUCAAAAAAAUAUGAGAGUAGCACUGAGACAGGUUUAUUUCCGCGGUAAUUAAAAACAUGAUGAACUGUCGUUAGCACCAUGAUGAGAAACAAGUACAGCUAUUUUACAUUACGUAUAAAUACUAAAAACAAGUAUAAAUUGGAAAAAAUUGAUAUAAUCAUUCACAGAAAAAUUACUUGCUUGUAAGAAUUAAUUCAUUAACAGACUUCAUUCAAGAUUAAAUAAAUAAACCCAUAUUUUUUCUA